ACAGGACCCCGAAACUCCCAGUUUUGGUCAAACAUUGGCAGGUUACAAAACCACAUAGCAGCUACAUAGAGGCAGUACAUAGGUUUAAAAACCAGUGUCGAGAGGAUUUUUCUGAUAUAAUUUUGCACCAAACAACGGAGAGGAAAAUGGACAGGACGGUCAGCCUUCCCAGUCAGCCCGACAAAACCACCACAGUGACUCUGGUUGAGAGCAACAGCGCCCCCAGUGGGCUGGAACUGGUCAGCUCGUACCAGACCAACAGAGUGGGAGACCCCAUGGACCUGGUGGCCCUCGCAUCCCAAGUCCAGAGGGGCGAUGACUUUGUCAGAGCCAACGCUUGCAACAAACUGACCGUCAUCGCUGACCAGAUCAGAUACCUACAGCAACAGGCCAGGAAGGUUUUGGAAGAUGCCAAAAUGGACGCUGACCUCCACCAUGCUGCCUGUAACAUUGUGAAAAAGCCAGGGAACAUGUAUUACCUCUACCAGAGACCGUCUGGACAGAAAUACUUCUCCAUCAUCUCCCCUAAGGAAUGGGGCCCAAGCUGUCCUCACCCGUUUAUUGGAGCAUACAAACUUCAGCACGACAUGUCCUGGACCCCCAUCGAUCAGGUGGAGAAGAGGGACUCAGAGAUCGCCAUCAUGGACAAACUUCUCAGCCAGCAGACCGCCCUGCCAUCUUGUGCAGAGCCCAACUUCGAGGGCAUUGCCAAGUAAAAGACUGGAGCAGCUGGACUGGACUUUUUUUUUUUUUUUUUUUU